ACAAAGACCAUUCUUCGAUCGAUCAGCUUUAAUGACAAUGACUCGGAUUCAACCAUCACUGAAACAUCUGAAACUAAAAAAGCGCUGUACAACAGAUCCCUAAGCGUCAAAGGGACACAGCGAUCUAGAGAUUCUCCAGAGGAGGUGGAGAAUAGUUUUUCUGGAAAACCUUUAACUUUUAUGAAAGAAGAUGACAGAUAUAAAAUGCGAAGAUGGAAACCUUAUCUCGAAAACGAUAUUGGAAACGAAUUUUUAGCGUUAUUAGGUGAUGGAAGAUACCAAGCUGCAUUAAAGUUGCAGAAGGUGUAUAGAAGCUUUCGAACCAGAAGAAGGCUAGCUGAUUGUGCUGUAGUGGUUGAGCAGAGAUGGUGGAAAGUACUUGACUUUGCUGAACUUAAAAGAAGUUCUAUAUCGUUUUUUGAAAUUGAGAAGCAAGAGACUGCAGUUUCACGCUGGUCUAGAGCAAGAACAAGAGCAGCUAAGGUGGGUAAGGGCUUGUCAAAAGACGAGAAAGCUAGGAAGUUGGCUUUACAGCACUGGCUUGAAGCACCUAACAGAUCGAUCCUCGACAUCGCUAUGGCCACAAUCUGCAAUUCUAUUAUCAUGCUUGGCUCCACUGUGACAGUAAACAGCCCUUUUUCUAUUGGUAGGCUUGACAUAGGACAAGGAAAAGAACUGAACCACGAAAAAUGUCCAAGAUCAAAACUUUACCAGCAAAGCAUCAAGUAUCUUGGUCCGACUGAAAGAGAGGCAUAUGAAGUGGUGAUUGAGGAUGGGAAACUAAUCUAUAAGCAGAGUAGGAUAGUUCUCGACACAAAAGAAGGUCCUCCAGAUGCAAAGUGGAUUUUUGUCCUAAGCGUGUCAAAGAUAUUAUAUGCUGGCCUGAAGAAAAAGGGGAACUUUCAACAUUCGAGUUUUCUGGCUGGAGGAGCUACACUAUCUGCUGGAAGGAUUGUGGUCGACGAUGGCGUCCUCAAGGCAGUUUGGCCUCACAGUGGACAUUAUCUUCCAACAGAAGAGAACUUUCAGGCGUUCAUGUCGUUUCUCAGGGAGAACAAUGUAGACCUCACCAAUGUAAAGGCUUAUGUUGAUUCACGCGAUUACAGAGACUUUCUUUUUCGUUUUCUGCAGAAGAGUCCAGAUGAAGAGGAUGGAGAAACUCAUCACAAGGUAAAGAGAAUGCCUUCAAGAAUCAAAGAGACCGAAGAAGAGCCAUGUGACUUUGUGGACGCUGAGACUGGUUUUAGUCCAAACGCUAAACCCAACAAUCAUCCAGAGCUACGCACAUUAACAAGGUUCCACUCAAAACUUUCAAGACCGGAGAUUCCUCAGGAAGACAACGAGAUGGUUGAGGAUGAUCAGGGUGGUGAAGAAGAAGAAGAACCUGAAACCCCUUCAGAGCAAGGGUAUGAGACAGCAGAAGAGACAUUCAUAGCUGAAGAAGAGUUCACAUACCCAAAAUCGAAUCUGUUUGAUGAGGACAUUGAAGAAUAUGAGAAGCCUGUCCCGAAGGAGAAGAUAAUGAAACGGAUAGAUUCACACAAAGGAAUAAAAUCUUACCAGUUAGCUGAGAGGCUACAUUCGAGAUGGAGUACUGGUGCAGGCCCUAGAAUCAGCUGUAUGAGAGAUUACCCUUCAGAGCUUCAAUUUAGGGUUCUUGAACAAGCUCAUCUAUCUCCAAGAGCUUCAGACUCCAACCCAUCUCCUUUUGCCCCAGUUAGAUCACGAGGAACAAGUCUUGGGAGAAGUCCUUUGGCUCAAGAACUUGAGAUGCUUUAG